AUGUUUGGAUUAUUUGUUUUUUCGGCUAGUGUUGCAAAAAAGUGGCUUUCAAAGCCUAAUGAAGAAAAUCUGAAAAAAAUGAGCCAAGUUGGGCAUAAAUGUUCACUGGAAAGAAACAAACCGAGAUUAGUAGAAGAUUCUGCCAUUUCACUUGAGUCUGUCAUGGCUGAAUUUCAAUUAUCGAAUGAAACACUUCGACGAAUGAUGGCAAAAAUGUCCAGCAGUAUGGAUAAAGGUUUAGAAGGAGGUAGCAAAAUGAGCACAAUGGCUAUGCUUCCUUCCUUUGUGCCUGAACUGCCCAAUGGAACGGAGGAAGGAAGAUAUUUGGCUAUCGAUUUGGGUGGCACUAAUUUAAGAGUAAUGGUCAUGGAUAUAAAGCCAGGACAGGAUCUCAUCGUAGAACAAUUCAAUAGUCGAAUACCAAAUUGGGCAAUGCAUGGCACUGCUGAACAGUUAUUCGAUUUUAUCGUGAAAUGCUUAGCAGAUUUUCUUAUCGAAAAAGAUAUCGACCAGGAUAACCUUCCCCUUGGAUUCACUUUUUCAUAUCCUUGUGAUCAAAGAAGUUUGCGAUCUGCUCGCCUCCUAAGAUGGACGAAAGGAUUUAAUGUUAGUGGCGUUGAAGGUGAAGAUAUUGUCCUCUUACUUGAAGAAGCGAUCAAGAGGCAUGGCGGCAUUAAAGUUCAAAUAGUUGCCUUAGUCAAUGACGUAGUAGGUACGAUAGUUGCUGCAGCUCAUGAAGCUAAAGGUGAAUGCCACGUCGGAGCCAUUAUAGCAACAGGAACGAAUGCUUCUUAUAUUGAGGAUGUUUCGAAGAUAAAAUACAGUCUUUCGAGGAGCAUUGAGCCAUAUCCAUAUAAAAAAAUGAUAAUUGAUACCGAAUGGAGUGGCUUUGGUGAUAAGCAUGACGCUGAUUAUAUUCUUACUCAAUACGAUCUAAUAAUUGACAGUCGAGCUGAGCAUCCAAAUGAAAACACGUUCGACAAAGUGGUUGCAGGUAAAUGUAUGGGCGAACUUGUUCGUAUAGUGCUUGAGAAGCUUACACGUUGUGGAGUGCUCUUCAAGGGACAACAACCAGACGUGUUAUUCACCCCCGACACUUUCCCAACUAAAUAUAUUUCCGAAAUUUUAAAGUCUGAUUUAUUAUUUCAUCUUAAUAUAUAUGAUGAGGGUGGCUCGUACGCGAAUACAAUACAAAUUAUGGAUGAACUAUGUAUUGAAGAAUAUACAUUUAGUGAUAUGCUUUUACUACGAGAAGUUUGCAUUGUUGUCUCACGUCGAUCGGCGAAUUUGGCAGCAGCAGCGAUUGCUUGUCUGCUUAAUCGAAUUCGUAAACCAAACAUGAUUGUUGGCAUUGAUGGAAGUACGUAUAAAUAUCAUCCUCUUUACGAUUUAUGGGUUAAGGAAAAAAUAAAGGAGCUCAUUGACCCAUCGCUAAAGGAAAUAUAUCAUCUAUUUAUAUUCGACGUAAAGGCUCAGCUAAAGAUGAACUUGCAGUUUAAAGUGAUACAAACGGGUGAUGGUAGCGGUAAAGGCGCUGCAUUAAUUGCCGCUAUCAUUUCACGAUUGGCAAAGGAAAAGGAAGCAAAAGAUACGGCGUUCAUUAUGUUAAAUCAGAAAUCUGAGGAAGAAAAUGGCUUCAAUGGUGAACCUAUUCCAGCAAAUUACAUUCUUACUUGA